UUCAAAAAUAAAUUAAAAAACGGGGCAUCAUUUGCCACUCUGUGGUACACUUUCGUUUGAUGAUGUUACAGGUGUGGCCAGCAUCAGGAUUUUAAGAUUGCUUUUUUAUUUCCAGAUAUUUCAAUAGCGGAACAUAGAAAAUGCAAACUAUUAAGGAUAUAAAGGAUUGUUCAGCCGAGAACCCGGACGACAGGGAAAAAUUAGUGCAUACAGGUGCAAAUACGGUGGUUCGGCGUAUUCUUGUGAAAGAAAAGGAGUGUACCUGUAAGGAGAAAUGUACAGGGACAUCUAAGGGCAAACAGAGUGUAAAGCCAAAAAGAAGAGGUCUGCACAUGACCAGUAAAGACAUUGAACUCUCAGAACACAGCAGUGACAGUGAGGCGGGUGAUCGCCAGUCUUGGAAAGCGAGGGAAGGGGUCAUUAGAGAAGAGCUGAAGGUGAUGAAUGAAGAAUAUUGCAAUCGAAAAUUUAAAGAGCUCGAGGAGCGUUUCGCUCUGAAGCUCAAGAUCCUUGAAGAAGAUGUUGGGGCUUUCAAGAAGCAGAUUGAGGAUGCGAGCCCUCCCUACACGUUCACGUGUGCUGGGCAUGGUGCCUCAACAAUCACAUGUCUCUCCAUGCUUGAGCAACUGGAGACUGACAGGGUGAAUGAUAUGAUCCCUGCCGAGGAAAGUACCAGCUCUCUCCAGUCUGAGGAUAGUACUGAAAAGAAUGAAAAAACAAAGAGCAAAACAUUCACCACCAGCUGGCAUAAAAGAUUGAGCUUCAUGAAGUUGUGCUUGAAGAAAGAGUCUAACAUGAAUGGGGUGAAAGUCAGUGAUUUCCCUAACACUGCUGGGAGAACCAGCGUAGCAGACGAUGAGGACAAUGAAACACUCUCAUGUUCUAGUGGAGGGAGAGGUGUUGUGUUCAAAUUCAAAUAUCCGCUAGUGCAGAAGAAAAAGAAAGCUGCAAACUGCAAAAAAGAGGAGACCCAAACUGCAGAGCAAUCCACUUCUGAGGAUAAGAAAGCUAAAGACGAAAUUCCAAAGACAAGGGAUAUAUCGGCAUCAGGAAAGAAAGGCUGCUGUGUACCUAGGUGUAGUUUGGAGCUAUAAUAAGGAGGCUUUUAAAAUAAAUAAAUAUUUUUAAAUGA